CUAAUUCAUUAGUUUCACUCUCUCAAUUUCAUUCUUCUUCGUCUAAUCGUCUUCGUGCAUUCUCUUCACUUUGAACGUGAAAAAAAAACAGAGAGAUUGUCUUCGAAAUCAACAAGAAGAUGACCAUUCGAUCUUUACCUUCUUCCUCUUGUUGUUCCAGUUCGUCUUCUUCCUCUUGUUCUUCUUAUUCACUCGCUUCUACCAGUUUGAGCAAUAGACUUGAGACCAUCUUCAAGAAAGCUUCCGAGCUUUGCACUCUCUGUGAUAUUGAAGCCUGCGUCAUCUAUUACGGACCAGACGGAGAACUUAAGACAUGGCCUAAGGAGCGAGAGAAAGUGAGAGACAUUGCUCUUAGGUAUAGUCAAUUAAACGAAGCCUUGAGACGCAAGAAAAGCGUUAAUCUUUAUGACUUCCUGAAAAAGAAAAAGAACAAGGGUUUGAAGAAUCCGAAUAAGAAGAGGAAGACGAGUUUGAAGAAGGUGAAUGAAUUAAAGUAUCCAAUUUCUGAUCAUUACUCUUCUGACCAAGUCUCCAAACUAAUUCAGUCCUUAGAACUCAAUGUCUCUAAAGUCCAAGAAAGGCUUCGUUUUGUUGAGUCGCAGAAACACAAGGAGACAAAACCGGAUCAUCAGAGUUUAGCAUCAUCCUCUCUGAACAAUCAUCAACAUCUUCAGACGACCCAAUCUUUGAACCCUAGCCAGUUCUCGCUGUUUAUGUAUAACCAUGGAGAUAAUACUCUCUCUCAAAUCCCACUCCCUGCAUCAAAUCUCAAUCAAGAUUUCUCAGCGUUACUACAAGAAUCGGGCUUGAUGAAGCAGGAGCUUUGUGGUUAUGAUCAGAACAUGUUUAUGAGUGACGUUACCAACAACAAGUUUCAACAUCCUUACGUCUCAAACACAGAACAUUACUCGGUGGUACCAGAACCUGUGAAUAACUAUGGGUUAAAUCAGUUGAUGCAGAAGGAGUUUUAUGGUUGUGAUCAUAACCUAAGUAACAUCUAUAGCAACAACUUCCAACAUCCUUUCGUCUCAAACACACAACAUUACUCGGCGGUACAAGAAUCUGUGAAUAACUAUGGGUUGAUGCCGCAUGAACUUUAUGGUUAUGAUCAGAACAUGUUCACGAGUGAUAUUUACCAACAGCAACCUUCUUUCUGACAACUCGAGGUUUCUCUGAUAACAAACUCAUGUCAAGAGUGUGUGAAACUGUUUUUCAUCUUGUUGUAAGAAUUUAAUAUGUUGUUAUUGAUGUUUGUUUUCUAAGUAUUGCAUAACGCAUAAUGUUUUCUUGUAACAAGCUAUUUUACUAUGUGAACAUCCAAUUUAUCAAAUGAAUAUAUAUUCCACCA